GCGAUGCCGGGGACGCAGGCACGCUGCGGGACCUCCAGGACAAUCGCUGGGAUGCGGUGCGUCUGCGUUUGAGUUGGGUCUCGUUUCACGGGUCGGGAGAUGGAGAAAUCGGGGGACGCGCUGCGGCCGCAGUCGAAGAGAUCACAAUGCAGACAUCAGAGACUGGGGCGGAUACAGGUUCGACUGUGAGUUUACAGACAUCUGUGGCUGGCCAGGCAGCAGUGCCCACACAGGUAGUACAGCAAGUACCGGUUCAGCAACAGGUACAGCAGGUACAGACUGUGCAACAGGUACAGCAUGUCUACCCGGCCCAGGUUCAGUAUGUGGAGGGAAGUGACACAGUCUACACUAAUGGAGCUAUCCGAUCAACAACUUAUCCUUACACAGAAACCCAGAUGUACAGUCAAAACACUGGGGGAAAUUAUUUUGAUACUCAAGGAAGUUCUGCACAGGUGACAACAGUGGUGUCGUCUCAUAGCAUGGUGGGCACUGGAGGGAUUCAGAUGGGCGUAACAGGAGGACAACUCAUUAGCAGCUCAGGAGGGACCUAUCUGAUUGGCAAUUCAAUGGAAAAUUCUGGUCAUACAGUGACUCACACAACGCGGGCCUCCCCAGCGACAAUUGAAAUGGCGAUUGAGACACUGCAAAAGUCUGAUGGUCUGUCCACUCACAGAAGCUCUCUUCUCAACAGCCAUCUUCAGUGGCUUUUAGACAACUAUGAAACUGCAGAAGGAGUGAGCCUUCCAAGAAGUACUCUUUACAACCAUUACUUACGACAUUGUCAGGAGCACAAGUUGGAUCCAGUCAAUGCUGCCUCCUUUGGAAAACUCAUACGGUCAAUCUUCAUGGGACUACGGACCAGAAGACUUGGAACUAGGGGGAACUCCAAAUAUCAUUACUAUGGGAUUCGUGUCAAGCCAGACUCUCCUCUUAAUAGACUACAAGAGGACAUGCAAUAUAUGGCCAUGAGACAACAGCCCAUGCAGCAGAAACAGAGGUAUAAGCCUAUGCAGAAAGUGGAUGGAGUUGCAGAUGGCUUCACAGGAAGUGGUCAACAGACAGGCACAUCUGUUGAACAAACUGUAAUUGCCCAAAGUCAACAUCAUCAACAGUUUCUAGAUGCAUCUCGAGUACUGCCAGAGUUUGGAGAAGUUGAAAUAUCUUCUCUGCCAGAUGGUACUACCUUUGAGGACAUCAAAUCACUACAGAGUCUUUAUCGAGAGCACUGUGAGGCAAUACUGGAUGUGGUUGUUAAUCUUCAAUUCAGCCUGAUAGAAAAAUUGUGGCAAACUUUCUGGCGCUAUUCUCCUUCUGCUCCACCUGAUGGCACUCCUGUUAAUGAACCGAGCAAUCUGAGUGAAAUAGAAAGUCGACUUCCUAAAGCAAAGCUGAUUACUCUGUGCAAGAAUGAGUCUAUUCUGAAAUGGAUGUGUAACUGUGACCAUGUGAUGUACCAGGCUUUGGUGGAGAUUCUCAUUCCUGACGUCCUUAGACCUAUUCCUAGUGCCUUGACCCAAGCCAUUCGCAAUUUUGCAAAAAGCCUUGAAGGUUGGCUUUCAAAUGCCAUGAACAAUAUUCCACAGAGGAUGAUACAAACCAAGGUUGCCGCUGUAAGUGCCUUUGCCCAGACUCUGCGAAGAUACACAUCUCUUAAUCACCUGGCUCAAGCAGCUCGUGCUGUGCUUCAAAAUACUUCUCAAAUCAACCAGAUGCUCAAUGAUCUCAACCGUGUUGAUUUUGCCAAUGUUCAGGAGCAGGCUUCCUGGGUGUGCCAGUGUGAUGACAACAUGGUUCAGAGACUUGAAACAGAUUUCAAGAUGACUCUCCAACAGCAGAGCACUCUGGAGCAGUGGGCUGCCUGGCUUGAUAAUGUAAUGAUGCAAGCAUUGAAACCGUAUGAAGGAAGACCCAGCUUUCCGAAAGCAGCACGGCAAUUUCUGUUAAAAUGGUCUUUCUACAGCUCAAUGGUGAUUCGGGAUUUAACCUUGCGCAGUGCUGCUAGCUUUGGCUCUUUUCAUCUGAUCCGCUUGCUUUACGAUGAAUACAUGUUUUACUUAGUAGAACAUCGUGUUGCUCAGGCAACAGGAGAAACACCUAUUGCAGUUAUGGGAGAGUUUGGUGAUUUAAAUGCUGUGUCCCCUGGAAAUAUGGAUAAAGAUGAGGGCAGCGAAGUUGAAAGUGAAAUAGAUGAAGAGCUGGAUGAAAGUGGAGAGCCACAAGCUAAGAGGGAGAAAACUGAGCUGAACCAGGCAUUCCAGGUGGGCUGCAUGCAGCCAGUGCUUGAGAGUGGAGUACAACAGAACCUCCUGAACCCAAUUCAUAAUGAGCACAUUGUUGCAACUACUCAGACUAUCAGACAAUGCAGUGCUACUGGAAAUACAUAUACUGCAGUCUAAUGUGAAACUUCCCCUGGCCUCCAACACGUGCCCCAUUGCAUUUUAGCUGUUUAGGUUUACUAUGAAAAAGAAAAAAAAAAAAAAGAGAGUAAGUCUGAAGGUUGACUGUUGUCAAAUGUAACUGUUCUGAUCAUUAUUUUGUUGGAGUUGUUAAAUGGAAUGGGUAUGCGUAUUUUGCCAGGUGUGUUUAGAAACAAACGAAUUUUUGUAAACAAAAUCAUUUUACAUUGGCCACUCAAUAUGAAGAGGUUUCUUUGUAUCAAAUGCAAGGAAGAUUUUUGCAAAGUUUAAUGUUAAUG